AAAGGUGACUAUGCCAAGAAGACAGGAGGUAUCGAGCACGCCUCGCCUGUGUUAUACCCGCAGUCACCUUUCUCUCCUCGUGACCGUAGCAUAUGUUCUGCGAACGUCCAUGGCGCAUUCGCGGCUCUAUCAAUAACGGCGCUGCACUGCGGCUUUCGUAGGCGCAUCUCGUUCGGCGCGCUUCGAAGGAAGAAGAAGAAAAAAAGAAAAAUAGAGAUUCAGAGUGUGACGAUUGUCGGCUCGAAAAUCAGUUCGCGUCGUCACCGAAUUCGGACGCGGAUAAGGACCGAGAGCGAGUUUAAACUUCGCGCCGAAAGAAAGCGCGCCAAUUCCGUUCGUUCCGGAGUUCAGACGAAAGUGUGAGAGUCGCGCGUACAGAGAGGAGAGUAACAUCGCCGCUCACCGAUCGCUCUUUAUCCUCCGAGAAUCAGCGUUCCGAUUGUGAGAUUCUACACUGGCCAUCCAUCAACCAGGAGGGAAGAUGAUAAUCGUGAACAGCGUCUUGCUGAUUCUAGCGGUCGUAUCGAGAGUGGGAUGCCAACGGAAUACUCCGAGAAGUGCAAGGGCUAGUAGAAAUGAGGCAGCUCUAGAUUUCGAGUGCCCUGAAGAAUUUGGAUACUAUCCUCAUCCGCGCGAUUGCACGCAAUAUUAUGUAUGCGUUUUCGGUGGUGCCUUGCUGGAGUCUUGUACGGGAGGUCUCAUGUACAGUCACGACUUGCAAACGUGCGAUUGGCCGCGAAAUGUAGGCUGCCCGGAAGGAGACUCGUCUAACAAGGAGGCUGAGGAGGAUCCCCUAUUGGAGAGAUCCGCGAAACUCGAGACUUUGCAGGAUCAGCAACAGCAACGACAGCAGCAACAACAAUUACGAGACCAACAACAACGAGAGCAGCAACAACGGUCGAUCCAGAGGCAGCCGAUCGCGGUUACGAGUACGUCGCCGCCGAUUUCGCAGAUCACCGAGAGGCAGUUGAGACAGCGGCAGCAUUCCAGGACGAAUUAUCACGAGGACGAAUACGGUCCCGCGUCGGAGAUCGAAAACGAUCGGCAACAACGAGUAUACCGGGGACAACCUUCGACAAUCGGUCAAGUGCAACGCGACCGUGAUGGUCUUCGCCGGAAUAUAAUCUCGGAGAGAGAGAAGGAUAGCCUGGUGAACGCACGUGCCCAAGCCGAGACUCAUUACAGAACCCCCGUUUCAACCUCUGAAUCGCCAAGACUUGCCAAAACUCUGGCUUCAACCGUCGCGCCGGUCCUAUCCAAGGCUUACUAUAGCGAUCCAGAUCAAAGUUAUCCGUACUAUACAAUCUAUGAUGACGAUGUUUCUAUUUACAAGGACGAUGAUUACAAUCAAUAUACUAUCAACCAAUCGGUGCCGGUGCAGCAGCCAAACGUAAAAAUUAGCGAAGUUAACACAAAGCAAUACCAGAAGCCGAAGAAGGUCGCUGUGAACGAGGCGGAUAAGUACAAUCUCAAUCAGGACGAUUACGAUAUCUACGAAAAUCAGGCUCAACUCAAUAAAAACAAGUUCCGUAUAUCCGACGGUCAACAGUACAGGACAAACGUGCUCAGCCAUCCCGUGGUCCACGUAACAACACCGAACGUCAUCGUCGAUACAUUCAUACCGCUGACUACGAGCACGCAAACUCCCAGCACGACCAGCAGACCUUACACCGUCAACGCGCCGAGCCGAGGUCGACCGCAGCAGAUCCAUCGGGGCACGGCACCGCCACGAUCACGACCUACCUUGAAACCGUCCACCGAGAUAGUUUCGAAGGCGCAGGAGUUCGUUGACAUUUACAGGUAUCCCCCGUCGAGGCCGGCAACAAUUUAUCCGACGCCCCAAGUUGACAAACCUGCGGCAAAGUGUCGCAAGGAUGUCUGCUUACUUCCAGAUUGUAACUGCGGAGGCGCCGAUAUCCCAGGUGACUACUUGCCGGAGGAGAUACCGCAAAUUGUUCUCCUGACUUUCGACGAUUCCGUGAACGACUUGAACAAGGGUCUCUACACCGACUUGUUCGAGAAGGGACGGAAGAACCCCAAUGGUUGUCCCAUCUCGGCCACCUUCUACGUGUCCCAUGAAUGGACUGAUUACAGCCAGGUUCAAAAUCUCUAUGCCUCGGGCCAUGAGAUUGCUUCCCACACGGUCUCGCACAGUUUCGGCGAACAAUUUUCGGCGCGAAAGUGGGCGCGAGAAGUUGCUGGACAGCGUGAAAUUCUGGCUGCGUACGGAGGCGUCAAGCUGGAGGACGUCAGAGGAAUGAGAGCUCCUUUCUUAUCGGUCGGAGGAAACAAUAUGUUCAAGAUGCUGUGGGACACAAACUUCACAUACGACUCUUCCAUGCCAAUUUACGAGAAUCGACCGCCCAGUUGGCCGUACACGCUGGAUUACAAGCUCUUCCACGACUGCAUGAUACCACCCUGUCCCACGAGAUCCUAUCCAGGAUUGUGGGAAGUUCCUAUGGUAAUGUGGCAAGAUCUCAAUGGAGGUAGGUGCUCCAUGGGAGAUGCCUGCAGCAACCCACCGACUCCGGACGGCGUGUACAAGAUGCUCAUUAAAAACUUUGAGAGGCAUUACACGACUAACAGGGCGCCUUUCGGCCUGUUCUACCAUGCCGCGUGGUUCACUCAGCCACAUCAUAAAGAAGGCUUUAUAUCGUUUCUCGAUACCAUCGUCGCGAUGGACGAUGUAUGGAUAAUUACCAAUUGGCAGGCCAUACAAUGGAUCAGGAAUCCAACGCCUCUGGCGCUUUUACACACGUUCGAACCCUUUGGAUGCCAUUAUCCGGACCGACCCAAGAGAUGCAAUAACGCGAAGGUCUGUAAUCUUUGGCACAAGAGCGGCGUGCGGUACAUGAAGACGUGCCAAGCAUGCCCGGACAUUUAUCCCUGGACAGGCAAGACCGGUAUACGUAGCAGUCGCAUCGACAACGAGGUCGACGCCCACGAAUGAGCGGACGCAAGUUUUGAACUUCGUUGUGAUCAGGGAGAAUCCCGGAUCGGACGAGGACCCGGAUCAACACGAACGUCCAAAAGACGCGAUCGAGAAGGCCUAAACGAGACCUUAAUCCUUCUCACGGACAUUUCGUAGAUAUAGAUGUGAAAACAACAUCCGAAUCUUUCGCGCGGAUGUGUUUUAGAUGUUUUUUAAACAUUUUUUCUCUUAGACAUUUUGAUUUAUUUUGAAUAUCUCUUUUGGACUUUUGCGUUGUUCGGGGAUGCGGCAAUAUGCGCGAAAGAGGGGAGACACUCUUCUGUUCGGGCAAAUAAUUUCAAGUAUUACACGUAUGUGUCCCAAAUGGGCACACAUUCGGGCCGAGUACGUCGAUGCAAGAGAGCUCUAUGCUGAAAAAAGAUCUGCAAAAUUUUCACGUCCACUAUGAAUUGUAUUAAAAAUGCAUCUAUAACUGCACUGAAUAUUUAACGAAUCGAGACACCAGUGUAUUCAUCAGCAGUAAGGUUUGUGAACGAAAAAUUAAUUAGUAGCAGCUUA